AUGGCCACCCUCGAAAGGCUUCCCAGUGAGAUCCUGUUCAGUAUCAAUGCACAUGCAGCGGACUGGAUUGGUCUCGAAAGCCUUUUGCAGGUGUUACCUUCGAUUGGCGAGCUUUUCGCCGGCGAUGCCAACACUACUGCGGACCCUGAAGCCAUCCGCCUGGUUGAAUCGACCCUCAAAGAGAAUCCUGUCAUGAAAUAUGAGCUGCACUGCCAAUUUCGCAUGGCCCUCAAUCUGCGCCAGCCUCAUUUGACAGAUGCUAGUGUCGCCGAGUUCAUGACUCGGGACCAUUCUUCGUCGCUCUUGGACACUUCCCCAGUAUCCUCGUUGGUGUUGAAGGAGAUGGUGAUCGUCGCCGCCAAUAUCCAACGCCUGGCCUGCGCUUGCUUGACCACCUUUCUGGACCGUGUCCGCAAGGUUCAACCGUUGCGUUGGGAGCGCCUUCGAGCGCGUGGUCUGGAAGGCCCCGAGCCAUAUCAGCCGGGUGAUACUGGCCCGUUCACGUGGAUUGAGGAGUAUCGGGUUUACCGUGCGCUGUGGAAUAUGCAACUGUACUCCGAUUUAUCGGUCGCCGCAGGACAACUGAACUGGCCACAGAGUGAUAUCGACCAAUGGCAAACUGAAAGCACAAAAUGGACUUCGCGCGGAUCGCACAUGAAAGGGGAACUACGCAGUAUAUCAGAAUGCUUGAAUUUUAUGCUUGGGCUUGAUCCUGUUCCUCUCAGGGUCAAUCCGACUGAUGUUUUUCACGAUCUCAUCGAUCAACCACCGAAUGUACAACUACCGAAUGUAUCUCAACUACGAUGCAAAUUUGAUUGCUGGGGCCCUCCGUCUCUGUCAAAAGACCUUGAGAGUGAGGAAUACUGUUUCUCCUUGGAUCAUUGGGGCAAUGGUAUUAGCGCGGCUAGCUCUAUUCGCUCGACUGGUUGCUUCAUGUUGUGUCAGCAUAUGAGACUACGUAAUCAUCCUCGUCAUCCAGAUCUUGUGGUCCAAGAUAAUCGUCUAUGGCGGGCACUAGGCAUGCACAUCUGGGAUCAGUGGCGAUUAUACCGUCUGGGAGUUUGGUAUCCCCGAUUCGUCCGUGGGAAUCGCCACGGACCUGUCCCGGCACCUGAUGGAUCAGAGGUACCACAAGAAUUGUAUCCAUUUCCCUUGGGAACGGAAUAUGAUUCUGGAUUCUCAUUUUUUAUUCAGGUGUUGCGACAGCUUGAAACUCAAGAGCAUGAGCAGAGGCUAGCAGGGGUUGAGGUGUAA